CAGAUGCCAAAAUUCUCAGUGUAUGUUUUGUGUCAAAAUUCGUUGGAUUUCCCGCCAAGUAUGGAAGUUUUGUGUUGGGAAUGUGAAUUACUUGCCUAUUGUUUUUAAUUAUUUUAUCUGUUAACUUGACGAAUUUUUUACAAUGGGAAAGGAUAAAAAAACUAACGUUAUUUGUUCAUCUAAUGUUGUAGUGUUGAAAGAUUCACUUAGAGACUGUGAUUUUCAUUGUUGUAGGAUAAACACAAAAUGUUACAGUUCUAUUUCCAUAUCAGAUGAAACAUAUACAUUAGAAGAUUUAGUUUUAAUUGAUGAUCAAGAUGGACAAGCAGUUUGCAAAAUCCUAUGCAUCUAUCAAGAAAAAGAGGUCCUAGCUCUCGUAAAAAAGUAUAUAUUUGCCGACAGAAUCAAGAAUAUGUUUUAUAAGGAAGGACUCAACUUCGAUAAGGAGAAUGAGGUAGUGGAAGAUUUAUCUGCAGAUUACAUAAUAGAUGUCAGUGAUAUUAAAGAAAAGUGUGCCUUAAUUCUCCUCCAUGAAGAAGAAGAUCCUCACUUCCUCUCUUAUAGCUCCUUAAAUCCAUCCACAACUUUUGUUUGCCGAUACUCUCUCAAGUCGAAAAAGCUGGUUCCUGUACUGGAACUCGUCAACAGCCCCUUAAUGAAUAUCACAAAAAGUGCUAAGAGGAGGCUCCAAUCAGAAAGUACACCUACCUCAUAUGUUGAUAAUUUCAAGAAUGAAAGCACAGAAAAUGAAACCUUAUUUUCGCCUCGUCAAAGAAAUUCUGUGAGAAGGAAUCUCAACAAGUCAUUUGGCAGUUCACCACAAGAUAAUACUAUAAAAUCUAUAUUAGAAUAUUCAGUUGUUAAUUCCUCAGGAGAUGAAUCAGAUAUACCUACAGUGGUUAAACUCAGAAUAUCUCGAAGAGCUCUAAGAGAAAAUGUUAGGGAAUCACCAAAAACAAGAAAAUCUUCAAGGCAAAAACCAAGAAUAUCAUAUGCUGAUUAUAUGUCCCCUAUAAAGAAAACUCCUAGAAAGAGGAACAAAGAUUCAACUUCAACUGAUGAGGACAGACCGAGUGCGAAAUUGGUGUAUUCGCCCGAGAAAUCACGUGAUAGCUCAGCUACGAACAGGGCAGUUGCAGAGAUUGAAGGAACACCUGGAAGGAAGAAAAAGGUGUCUUCAUCCGAGACACCACGUGAUUGUUCAGCUGUGUAUACACCUAGCAAGGGCGAAGGUGUGAUAAAAAUGAAAGGAACACCUGGAAGGAAGAAAAGCGUUAUUCAAACCGAAAAGAAAGAAAUUACAGAAGAGAUGGAUAGUGUAGUUCAAACAGAAACUAGAAAACUUCCUAAAUAUCUUGAAGCAUCUCCAGUUACAACCAACAGAGGUAGACCAAAUAAAUCAACGUACAUCAUUGAGAAAAAAGACAAUCUGGAUGAUUCACUAAGGACCAGUAUAUUAAAAGUUCAUUUAAAAAAAACAAAUUUGGAAGAUAUGUUUAAUGAUGACAGAAAUAAAUCUGGUGAAGAAGAUGCAGAAACGGAGAGCAAUGCUCCACGGACUCCGAGAUCAAAACGCAAACCAAGACGAGCAGAAGAUAGCGAAUCAGAGUCAUAUCUGCCUUCAUCUCCUCCUAAAACUCCCAGAACAAGACGAUCCGCUCUACAAAGGUCCAUAGAAAAAUGCUUCACCACACGAAGGCAACAAAAAUCUGUUUUAAUUAAAGACCCUGUAGAGAAAACACCUAAGGCCGAACCAAAAACGCCUAGGACACCAAGGUCAAGAACUGCACCAAACACUCCAAACACACCAAAAACUCCUAGGAAUAUAAGCAAGUUGAUUAAAGAAGGCAUAAUAACUCCUUCUAUGAAAGAAAGAAGCAGGAUUAUAGAAGGAGAUGGGACACCACUAAUGAGAGCUAGAUCUCAGUUGCACGUUUCAUAUGUUCCAAAAUCGUUGCCUUGUAGAGAAAACGAGUAUGAAGGUAUUUACAGCUUUUUGGAAGGCAAACUGCAAGAUGAAUGUGGAGGAUGCAUGUAUAUAUCUGGAGUACCUGGCACUGGGAAAACAGCAACUGUUACAUCAGUUAUAAAUGACCUACAGGAAAACAAGAAAGUUCCAAGUUUCACCUUUGUAAGCAUUAAUGGAAUGAGGCUUACUGAACCUAGACAGGCCUAUGUGGAGAUCUACAAACAACUGAAAGGAAAAACAGUGCCAUGGGAACAAGCUCAAAGUAUGCUGGAUGAGAUGUUCGUUAAAUCUAAGAAAAUGAAGCCAAUUAUCAUGCUUGUUGAUGAGUUGGAUAUUCUAUGCAACAAACGUCAAGACGUAGUAUACAAUCUCCUGGAUUGGCCAACAAAAGCAAAAAACCAACUUAUGGUUGUAACUAUCGCCAACACCAUGGACCUACCUGAACGACUGUUGAUGAGCAGGGUGACCAGUAGAUUGGGUUUGACGAGGCUGACGUUCCAGCCAUACACUUACAAACAACUGCAGGAAAUUGUGACCAUGCGACUUUGUGGUACUGAUAGUUUCAAUCCUGAUGCUGUUCAAUUUGUAGCUAGGAAGGUCGCAUCAGUGUCUGGAGAUGCCAGGAGGGCGUUAGACAUCUGCAGGAGGGCUACUGAAAUAGCAGAAAUGGAAGGAAAGGGUCAGUUGGUGGGGAUGAAUCACGUGAAUGAUGCCCUUAACAUGAUGAUCACCCAACCACGGGUGAGAGCAAUCAAGAGUUGCUCUAGGUUGCAGCAGCUAAUUCUGCAGGCUAUUGUAGCGGAGAUGGAAAGGACGGGUAUUGAGGAGACAUCCUUCAACGACGUAUUCAAAAUGCUUAUGUCCUGCUGUGCUAUAGAUGGAUUCCAGCGUGUCUCCAUCACGAUAGCCUUAUCUGCAGUCGCCAAACUCAGCGCUUGUAGAUUGAUCUUGACUGAUCCCAAAUGUUGUGAUAUUUACCAACGAAUCAUCUUAAACGUCAGCGCGGAUGACGUUUACUAUGCUCUGAAGAAUGAUUGAUGUUAAAUGAAUAGUGACGUUAGUAAAUUUCGAGACUGUGACGAAGUUAAUUCGAAGAUUCUGCGUCAUGUUAAGAGUUUUGUGAUACGUCAGUUUUGUCACCGCCAUCUGUGUUGAGUAUUUGAUCAUUGGAGAAAUAAUCUUUAGGAAAAUGAAUGAUAUGAAAGUUCGAGCCAACACAUCAUACUCGUAUUCAAGUAUCGACCAGGUAAGU